AUGCAGAAGAGCAAAAGUCCCCCUUUACCUUCAACACCUACUGGUCGAAUUCGUCAUCGAAGACGUUGGCACUCACACGAGGUUGUUCCUGAUGUAAGCAAAUUAAAUGGAAGCCUCUUACUGGUUAAUGAUCAAAACAAAUACAGAUCUAUGCGGAUUCGCACAUUUUCAUCAUUGUGGAUGCUUGGGAGUGUCAUAUUGAUUCUUUACUUGGGCCAUCUUUAUAUUUGUGCAAUGGUAGUUGUCAUCCAAAUAUUCAUGGCAUCUGAGCUGUUCCAUCUGCUUAGAAGAGCUCACGAAGAUAAGCGUCUUCCAGGAUUUAAGUUUAUCAAUUGGCAUUUUUUCUUUACAGCAAUGCUUUAUGUAUAUGGCCGCAUUCUCAGUCAACAGCUCGUCAAUACUGUGACUUCAGAUAAAUUUUUCUAUAAGCUCUUGAGCGGCCUUAUCAAGUAUCAGAUGGUCAUUUGUUAUUUUGCAUACAUUGCAGGAAUGAUGUGGUUCAUUCUUAGCUUGAAGAAGAAGAUGUACAAGUAUCAAUUUGGUCAGUAUGCAUGGACGCAUAUGAUUCUUAUUGUCGUCUUCGUACAGUCCUCUUUCACUGUUGCUAACAUUUUCGAAGGCAUAUUCUGGUUUCUUCUUCCGGCAUCCCUUAUAGCCGUCAAUGAUGUGGUUGCGUACUUUUGUGGCUUCUUCUUUGGUAAAACACCAUUAAUCAAGCUAUCCCCGAAGAAGACCCGAGAAGGGUUUAUUGGAGCAUCUGUUGCUACCAUAUUAUCCGCAUUUCUGCUCGCAAAUAUUCUGGGCCGUUUUCAGUGGUUGACAUGCCCAAGAAAGGAUCUAUCAACUGGUUGGCUUCAGUGUGAUCCCGGACCACUGUUCAAGCCGGAGUAUUAUCCUUUACCUGCAUGGAUUCCUCAGUGGUUCCCGUGGAAGGAAAUCUCGGUCUUGCCAGUCCAGUGGCAUGCUUUAUGCCUAGGUUUAUUUGCAUCAAUUAUAGCACCUUUUGGAGGAUUUUUUGCUAGUGGUUUCAAGAGAGCCUUUAAAAUCAAGGAUUUUGGCGAUAUCAUUCCUGGACAUGGUGGUUUCACAGAUAGAAUGGAUUGCCAGAUGGUUAUGGCCAUAUUUGCCUACAUAUAUCAUCAGUCAUUUAUCAUCCCCCAAACCAACACGGUUGAGAUGAUCUUGGACCAGAUAAUAAGAAACCUCAGCUUCGAGGAUCAGGAAGUACUCUAUUUGAAGCUUGGCCAGAUAUUCCAAUGA